CACUAGGGCUGCCGAGGUGGAUUCUUCAGGGGAUGUUUCAGCGCCAACGUUGCUUCGGCCGCUUCCAUGGUGCUUACUUAUGCUUGAACGUGGUGACGGUCCGGCUUCGUCCAUCCUUUUCGUUCCUACCUUAGUACUCAUGACCCAAGUGUAUUCCGCUCCGUCGUGCGCUGCCAUAGCUGGACGUGAGACCAUCGACCGGAGUUGUCGUGUGUCCACUGCAGUGCUCGGCGUCACAUCUCGCAUUUGGGAAAAGACAAACCGCCCAGGUAAAGAUCGGCCGACUACAAGCACGUGCUGGGAGCGAAUGCGCGGUACGAGUUCGUAUAAGCGGUGACACC